CUUAUCCGCAAACGUGCUGCUGGCGAAUACGAUGGGGAGGUUGUGGCUGCAAAGGUCGCCAAACAUUGCACAGGGACAAGACGUAGAAGAAAGCGGUUUUCUUGUUCGCUAAAUGAAAAAGACUCUGUAAUUGUUGACGAGGAGUCUAUAAAAAUUACUGAAGACCAGGUUGAAUUCGAUAUCGUAGAUCGUCGAAAUGCGAAAGAUCGAGAGCAUGUUCGGUUGCAAAUUAGUUCAGGCGAACUGGCCUUUCCCAAGCUGAUCGUGGACCUAGUAACGAAUUCUCGAAGAGCUGGACCGAAUGAAGCCUACUCCAAGGUGAACAAAGGUUUAACUGUCCACGGUCUGAUAUUUUCCGUUCUAGGGGCUGUAAACUACUUUCAGGAAGGCGAUAACCUUCGAGCUGCCAUUUCCAUGGCCCAGUCAGCCCACACACUUGGUGGGCUAACUGGUAUUAACGAGAUAGUUAACAAGGUCGGGAAAAGAGUUCUUAGUAGUGCAACUAAAGGUUUGGCAAAGGGCUUAAAUUUGGAGAAAGGCUUGGAAAAGUUAUCCUCUAAAAUGGAACGGUUCGCAGAGAGAGGAGUCGGAGAGUUGCUAGGAGACAUUCCUGUUGUUGGUCUUGCAUUUGACAUCUAUUUCAUUGAACAGGACAUAGAGCAGUUAGCCGAUUUAAAUCUGAAUGAUCCAGAAGACCUUAAACUAUUACCACUAAGAGUCAUCGAUUUAGGCUUAGAUGUUAGCACGACUGUGCUAAACCUUAUAGGAACUUUGUGCCCGGCCGCAGAAGUCAUUACUGAGCCUCUGGUUAUCGUCCUUUCAAUAAUACGUAUGGCUAUUGACGACUUCUACAUCGAUAUUAUGGUGGAGAUGGAGAAAGUUAAUUGGAAAAGUCCUUGGGCUGGUUUAGAGUUUCUUGGGGCUCUAGUAAAAGGUUUCUUGGAAGGAGCAGCAGAUUUCCUAACGGGCGGUCUACGAAGACAGAUGGAGUCUUAUAGGAAACAGGAAAACUAUGACAAGAAACUUAUACAGGAUUUGAAAAACUCUGAUAACUAUUAUAAGAUUGUUGGUGAAAAGAAGGGGGGUGGGGGUAGAAUUGAUUUUACCCAAGGAAAACUUUCCAGCUUUGGCGGCUAUAUCAACUUCAGGCUUCAUGAUAAUAAUCGAGCUACUUUAGAAAUCGGAGAUGUCAGUGGAAGUCAUAAUACAAUUCGUAAGACAUUUCAGGUUGGUUCAGAUGUUAGAGAUAUCGUGCUUGGAAUAGGAGAGUCGAGGACGUUCGAAUACAAACACAAAACCGCCAAGCUGUGGUUUGUUAUUCCAAUUAAAUCAUACAGUGUUAUUUGCGGUGCAAAGUUCCACGAACAAUCAGUUUAUGGAACUUAUUAUGGAAACUCUAAGAACAACACAUUUUAUGCCGUACAGAAACCAAAGCCAACAACAACACCCACCGGAAAGAAAGGUGGAGAUAAUUGUAACUUUGGAAAACUGAAUCUUAAACUUGUAACCGGAAAAUACCAUUAUAACCUGUAUGGGCGGGGUGGUAGCGACACUUUUUACCUCGGACCAGAAAUGUCCCGCGUAACAGGUGGAUCAGGAAGUGAUCUGUUCGUUAUCCAAUCGGACGGAGGGAAAACGGUAAUCGAUAAUUUUGCUGUAGAUAACAAGCGCGACAUCAUUUUCAUCAACGUGGAGUAUGGAAAGAUAAGAUGUUAUCAAAGUGGAACUGAUCUUGACAUCUCUUAUUCCAAGAGCCAUCACAUUCGUAUAAAAAACUGGUUCAAACCUGGAGAUCCAACCUACUACCGCCAUGUCUCAUUUCGAAGUCUAGAUGGAGUUUUUUCGUCCCAAAACAGACCUUAA